AUGGCUCUCGUGCCCAACACGAACAGUUGUGCUCCCGUCCUGCCUGAUGCGGGACUGACCGACCAAUCUGCGUCUGGACCCGAAUCUUCAACCGAUAGUGACGAGACUGCGGUGGGACCCACUUACCCAGGCGAAGAUACUCGUCCCACUUCGAACAAAGAACUCCGGGCCUGGUAUGCAUACGCGUGGGCGGCCGAGCCCUAUGUUGUAGUCGCAAUCGCCACAUUCAUUCCACUUACUCUCGAAGCUCUCGCGCGCGAAAACGGACACCUGCUCGGAAAACCAGACGUUCCAUGUACCCCCAAAUCGUUCCCCAUACCCAUUCCGGGACCAGAACCUGGUCCACCUCACACGUUCCCAAAGACGCCGGCCGCGUUUUUCAAGCCCGAUCCAAACCAAUGUAUUAUUCAUCUCCUUGGAGUUCGGAUGGCGAGUUCGAGUUUUGCUAUGUACACGUUUUCCAUCAGUGUGCUUUUGCAGAGUUUAGUGAUUGUGUCUAUGAGCGGCGCGGCCGAUCAUGGUUCGUAUAGAAAGAAAUUGUUGUUAUUUUUUGCAGUUUUGGGCAGUGUAUCGACCAUGUUGUUUAUUAUUGUCAAGCCAGGAGCGUAUCCGCUUGCCGCUCUGUGGACCAUACUCUCCAACGUUAGCUUCGGCGCCUCGUUUGUCCUGUUGAAUGCAUUUCUCCCUGUCCUCGUUCGGAAUCACCCGACUGUGCAAUCUCAACUCAAGUCCAGUCUGUUGGAUGCUGAACCCGACUCUGAAUCGGCUCCGACUGAGAGCACAGCGCUCCUCUCGUCUCGAGCCUCCGCGCCGCCUCCUUUGGUUACAGCCACCGCACUCGCACUCUCAACCAAAAUAUCAUCGACGGGAGUUGCGAUCGGGUAUCUGGCUGGCGCACUUCUCCAGGUCUUGGCUAUAUUCAUUAUCCGCGCGUUCAGCUCCGCGCCCAUCCUUGGACUCGAAGCGAUCUUGUUCAUUGUGGGCGCUUGGUGGGCUGGGUUUUCCAUAUUUGUGGCGCUGUGGAUGAGGCCCCGUCCGGGCCCUCCUUUGCCCCGGGCAGAUGUGAAGCCAGACGAACUUGUGGAUGAGCGGAUUGGGUGGGAUGUAAUUGUUUAUGCUUGGAAGAAACUUUGGCGUACGAUCAGGCUCGCCGGUCAAUUGAAAGACGUAAUGCUGUUCCUCGCUGCGUGGUUCUGCAUGUCUGAUGGAAUCGCUACUGUGACCUCGACCGCAGUGUUGUUCGCCAAGACUGAGUUACACAUGGAACCUGCCUCUCUGGCAUCUAUGUCCGUAAUCGGGAUGGCAUGUGGAAUUUCUGGCGCACUUUUGUGGCCCGUCAUCUCGCGCUUAUCGUGGCUUAAUCUGACACCGCCUCGCACAGUACUUUUGUGCGUGUCAAUGAUGGCUUGCGUCCCUGCAUAUGGCCUCCUUGGGUUCUUUCCAAUCGUUCAGCGGAUGGGGUGGGGUGGGUUGACUCAUCCGGCUGAGAUGUAUGGCGUAGGUGCAAUCUAUGGAUUCGCGAUGAGUGGGGUCAGCGCGUAUGCUCGAAGUGUAUUCGGAGAGCUUAUCCCUCCGGGAAGUGAAAGCGCAUUGUUUGCGUUAUACGCAAUUACGGAUAAGGGCUCGUCUAUAUUUGGCCCCGCUAUUGCAGGAUUCAUCACGGACAAGACGGGCAAUAUUCGCUACGCAUUUUGGUUCCUUCUAGUACUGUUGCUCAUCCCGCUUCCCCUUUUGGGAAUGAUUGAUGUGCAGCGUGGUAAGCGCGAUAGCCGAAAGGUGUCACUCGACGCACUUGGUGUACCAGCAAAUCAGAGCACUGCAGCCAUCGGACAUUAA